CUGAGGGCUCAGGCCCAGUGCGGCGCCCGGCUUUAUCAUAACCUUCGAGUCUCUCCCCUUUUCCUCAGACUCCGCACCAGAUCCGAGCCUCUGCUGCCUGUAAACCCAUGACUGCCUGUGAUGCAGGUGGGUUAGGUGGCUGUGUUUUUCUUCUUCUCUGAAGAGCUUGGUAGGGUUUUUGCCUGUCUAGGUGCCGCUGCCUGCCGCUCCAGCCCAGCUCCAGCCUCCAUCCAACAAUCACCUCAAUCAAGCUUUCUGCGACUGUUCCUUGGUCUGUGUCUGGGCCCAUCAGCCCCGAGCUCCUAGAAACGGCUGAGCCCAUCCGCAAGGCGGAGGCUCACUCCCACGGCUGCUGCUGGACACCGCCUGCGCAGCCUGUACUUUCUAUUUGCCUCCAAGAAGCGAUCCCCUCCACCCUGUCAGCUAGACGGCAGCACUCCGGCCGCGGCAGGCUGAACCCCCUGGUCAGGGUGGACCCAUUGGGCCUCCCCACUGGCUCCUGAAGCCGCCUUCCCCCUCGGUAUCUGGUCUAGACUUUCUUACUUCCCUGCAAGCAUCGGAGCUAGGGCUGGCAGCCUGGUCUCGCCUUCUCUCCGCGUGAGGACCACGCAACAGCAACCAACCGGAGCCCUUCCGCCGCAGCCACGCCCAGACAACGCGCCAGCCAGCCGUCGGCCGGGUCUCGGAGCCCAAGUGACCUGCACCCGCAGACCCGCUCUUGACCCCCCGCCCGGACCGUCAGCCGACUCUCUGCCUCGCCCUGCCUGCUAUGCUCUGAUGGAACUGUAUGCGUUGGUCAAGCCCUACCCGAGAGCAGGAGCAGCAGUGGCAGCAGCAGGAGCAGAAGCAGCAGCAGCAGCAGGAACAGUAGCUGUACGGCCGCCCGGCCAUCCAUCAUGACCCGUCCAAGGGUGCCGGAUGACAAGCGGAUACGCAUCGCCCAGGCCUGCGGCUUCUGCAAGACGCGAAAGCAAAAGUGCGACGGCCAAAAACCAUGCUCCCUCUGCGUCCGCAAGAAGAACGCCAACAACUGCUCCUACGACGGCAUGAGCCGGAAUAAGGCAGCAGCUGGCCCUUCGGCGAGACGACGACUCGACGAUGCUACCGCCGUUACCCCUCCAGCCUUUCCGCAGCCAUCGUCGCCGGACAAGACCGACUCUCCCAGCGGCAGCAGCAUGGACGCAUCGACCCCGUUCUCCAUCGCGGCCUUGACUACCUCUACGCCCGUCGGUGGCUCAGGGUCCGCCUCGGGUCUCAGUCCGGAAGCCAGCCUUCCUCCGCAGCCCAUCAUGGAAGCCGCCUCCAGCGCGUCCCCGCAUGGAAACAUGCGAUCAGCCGACUCGGCGCCGGCAGCCAGUGCUUGGCCAGAGGCCCCGUUGGAAGGCCCAACUUCAUGGAUAGAAGUCCGCGUCCCUUCUCACCUCUACGCCACUGAAAGAAUGCUGGGGCUCUCUCUCCCGGAAGGAGAGACCGUCAAUCUUUUAGGCUGCUCCAGCCAUCUCGCAUAUCUGGAUGCACUCCGAAACGUCCUCGAGGUCACCUUUAUGCCGAAUCCCCUCCAUCGACCGCUUGAUCUGAGGUUCAGGCUCAUGGAACUACAACCUUCACUCUUGCACCCAUCUAUGGCGCUACCAAUCGACCUUCCGAACGAGAGCGUGACAUAUGCUCUGGUUGAAGAAUAUCUAAUCAAUACCUACGGUCUCCUCCAGGUAUACGACGAGGAAGAGGCGCUGGACGCGACGGUCCGAAACAUAAUAGCAGAAGGGAACCGUGAUAACCGGGGUCGCGCGCUUCUCUAUCUUACCCUGGCGCUUGGCCGUGUUCUGGCCGGGCCCAAGGCGGAGACCAUGGUUGGCGAUAUUGAUGCCGAGGCAUACUUCCAAAGUGCCAAUGUCAUGGUCGACGACUCGGGAAAGGACCUCUGGACAGUGCGAGUCCUUCUUCUCAAGUGCCUCUACGCUCUUAGUGUCGUGAGAAGAAAUGAAGGAUACGACUAUAUAGGGAGGGCUGGCUGGCUGGCGCAGCUGCUUGGGAUGCAUCGAGAAGAGCAUCUGCUUAUGCGAUACGACGACAUGAUGAAGAACGGCCGGCCGUGGAGCUUCAACCCGAGCACCGGCCGACUAAGGAGGAACGUAUGGCGCAGCCUCUUGGUACUCGACCGCUUCGUGGCCGCCCAGCUUGGCCGCCCGCCAGUUGUCAGCGACGGCACCGCAUUUCCCGCGCCGCCCGAGGGUACCGAGGGCGACCAGACCAGUAUGCCUCCCGUUAUCCGCGGCGUGAACCUCCUGAGUAUGAUCUUGUCCAAGAUUUACGCAAUGCCGGAAACGUCGGCAGCCACCGCCGCCGAGAUAGCCACCCACGUCCAUGGCUGGCCGUCGGUGAGCGCAAUCAUAGUCAAUCACGAUGCCGCCGUGCCACCGCCGGCCACGCCGGCCGAGGAGAGACGGCUUGCCAUGCAUCUCGUGCUUGGGAAGCUGCUCAAGCUCCACUGCAUCAAUCUUUUAGGUCGACCCUUUGUACUCUUUGACGCACAUUACAAGGGCUCAUACGAGGCACAUCCGCUUGCGGGAGGCGGUGAGGUUUUCCCCCGGAACGCCAUCGAGGCGUCCUAUGUGGCCAUCUCGGUGGUGUUGGGUGCACUUAGGAACGGCUUACUACCAAGGCGGAAUCCUUUCGUUGUAAACGCGAUGUUCACAUCUGCAUUGGUCGUUUUGAGCCAGGAGAUCUCCUCGGAUGCGUGGAAGUCAUGCCACGACCCAAUAUUACGAGGGGACGGACAAGCUCAAGCGAUGCGCUCAGCACUUGAGUAUUUCAUCUACGCUGCCGAGUCGGAUGCGCAGGCCAAACACCUGUUGGGUCUUCUGAGAUAUCUUUGCGGCAAAUGCAAGAACCCUCUUCUUUCAGCGCUCGCAGAGGCCUCUGCAGAGAGCAUUCAGACCCAUACCAAUUUUGCGAUGUCGAGCUCGGCGUCUAUGAUCUCCGGUGGACAAGGCCAGUUGCCCCAUCGACAACAGCAUUUUCCACAACACGACCAAGCGCCCCCGCCAGAACAGCCGCCCCUGUACCCCCAACCACCACCCCCAUUGUACACUGUCCCAUCCGUAUCAAAAGGCUAGUACGGACUCGCCGCGUCCUCCUCAGCUCUUGUCUGACUGGCCCACGGGAGGAUGGCGCAUCCAUGAUUUGAGGAUAAGGAAAAACAAAGGUGGCUCGAUGGAGCGGGCUUUAUUAUUCGUAUUUUAUUUUGUCAUCAUUUUCUCCCAUGGUCUUUCCUGGCGGGUUUAUCUCCUAUUGUUCUGGCGCAUACCCCAUAUCUACUUGAGCUCUUUUUGCAUUUGGAAUGUUGACGCGCAUCUGGUGUUGGGCGUACACUUGGUGAUAUCAUGAAUGGUGGCAGAAUCACGUCGCAGCUGGCUGUCUGGGGGUGGUUAGGUCUGAUCACUUAUUGGCGUCAAUGGGGCUUUUAGAGCCGGGGAAAAAAGUGGUUCAGAAUCGCAAUGCUGGUCGUAUAAUUUAUGGCUACAAAAUGUCCAAACACCGCCAAGGAUACUCCUCUAUGUCUGAUAUGUAAUGGAUAAAUGUGAGGAGAGAAUGCUAGGCUAUAUAUGGGG